AUGCCGCAGCGCACUGACCACGGCGCAUACCGUCUGGGAGCCGACGUCGGUGGCACCUUCACAGACGUAUACGCCUUCGCACCGGAUGGCCAGAUCGCAAGAGCAAAGGUGCCGACUACCGUCGAGGACCAAAGCAUUGGCAUCAAGAACGGAAUCAGGAAGGUGCAGCAGACGCUCAAAGAACGAUAUGCUUGGGAUGGGAGAUUCCAGUUUAUACAUCAUGGUACCACGGUGGCCACCAACGCUGUUCUCGAAGGCAAGGGAGCCCGAACCAAUCUGAUUGUCACGUCGGGCCACAAGGAUAUCCUCGCCGUUCGCCGGUCGCAGAUCCCCGGGGGCCUCGGCGCAUGGCUGCAUUAUACGCCCCCCGAUCCGAUCGUCCCUCUGGAACGGGUGAUCCAGUGCUCGGAGCGAAUGUCAGUAGAUGGGAAGACGGUGGUUCCCGUGGAUACGGAUGCGCUUCGUGCUGAACUGGCAGCGUGGGUGAAGGAACGGCCAGAAGCAGUGGCCAUCUCCUUGCUCAACUCACACGCAAGUAGCGAGCAUGAGGCCUUGGUAGCCGAUGUGGUGCGCGAGAUGCUCGGAUCUGAUGUGACCAUCAUCCGCUCCAGUGAUGUGCUCCGGGAGGUGGGCGAAUAUGAGCGGACAGUCACCACAUGCACCAACGCACUUGUCAAACCGGUGGUACGGACAUACCUCAGCAGCCUGCAGGACUUGCUCGCCGAGGACGGGGAGGUAAUUCGCAUUCUCAAAUCGGACGGUGGCCUGACGAGCCUGGGUCUGGCAGGGCAGUUGCCCGUCAACAUCCUGAUGUCGGGCCCGGCGGGAGGCGUCCAGGGCGUCGCGGACGUCGUCACCCGAAACACCCCGUACAAGAACUUGAUCACCUUCGAUAUGGGUGGAACGUCGACGGAUGUCGCCUUGAUUUACCAGGGGAAGCCUCAGCUCCGACGCGAGACCGUGGUGGGCGACCUCACGGUCCGCUCGCCUGCCGUCGACAUUCGAACCGUGGGCGCCGGAGGUGGCUCCAUUGCCAAAUACAUGGGCAUCACGGAAACGUUGAGAGUCGGACCGGAGAGUGCGGGCGCGAGCCCCGGCCCUGCUUCUUACGACAAGGGCGGGGCGGAAGCCACCGUCACAGACGCCAACCUCGUGCUGGGCUACCUGCCAGACACCCUCCUGGGCGGCGAAUUCACCCUCAACGCCCAGGCGGCGUGGGCUGCGGUCGAGGACAUCGCGAAGCAGAUGAACCUGUCGGUUGCGCAGACCGCCGAGGACAUUAUCAACCUGGUGAACGAGACAAUGUACGGCGCGCUGCGUCUGGUCUCGGUGGAACAGGGCUAUGACCCGAAGGAUUUCGCACUGGUUGCCUUUGGAGGCGCGGGUCCUCUCCAUGCCAAUGCAGUCGGAAAGCUCCUCGGCGCGUGGCCCGUCAUCGUACCUCCGUCUCCAGGCACGCUGUGUGCUUUGGGCGAUGCGACGACGAGACUCAGUCACACCCAGUCAUCUUCCUUUAUCAGCCUCCUCUCGGCGACUACAUCGCGGGAGGUGAAACGCCGCUUCGAUGAAUUGGAGGCAUCCUGCAGAGAAACGAUGCACGCUUCGAACCUGAACCAGCCCCUUGACCUGGACAUUAGCUACCACAUUGAUCUGCGAUACCGCGGCCAGGCCUUGAACUUGACGGUUGACUUGGAUGCAGGCACUCUUUCGCUCGACGACGAGCCAUGGAGAAACGUCCUGCAGGCGAAGUUCAACCAACUCCACGAGCAACAGUUCAAAUACUGUCUUCCCAAUUUUGAGCUAGAGCUGAUGCGUCUCGAGGUGGUUGCGGUUGAUGCAUCCCCUAGCAUCGGCCUUCCUCAGCUCAGCAAAGCCGAGUCGACUAAACCACCCGCCGAGGCCUUAGUAUCGAAGAAGAAGAUUAUUAUCGAAGGUCGGGAGAUUGUGGCGGCCCUCUGGGACCGUGAAAAGGCGACCCAGCAAGGUAUGCGGUUCGAGGGACCGUGUAUCAUCACGGAAACAGACAGCAACACCCUGAUCCUUCCUGGGUACUACGGUGAGAUCGACUCGAUCGGGAACAUUCUCAUCCGACCUGUUGGAGAUGCCACGGGGGGACCGGCGACAGACCAGAGCCCCGAAGCAGCGCUACGGACGGUGCAAUCGACGCCGCUAAUCCCCACCCUCGUCGCCUCUGCUCUCGCCUCCAUCCGCAGUGAGAUGGACACACUCAUGCUGCGUUGUAGCAUGUCCCCCGCGAUCCGCGAGCAGCAGGAUGAAUUCAAUGUGAUCACGACGGCGGAGGGCAAGAUGCUUGUUGGCCAGUUUGGCAGUUUCAUCACACAGUUUCUAGGAGCCUGGAAAGGCACGAUUGAGGAGGGUGAUGUAUUCAUUACGAACGAUACCUACAUGAUCGAAGGAGCGGUCACACACCUGAACGAUGUAAUUGUCCUCCUGCCAAUCUUCUAUGAGCAUCGACUGAUAGGAUGGGCAUCACAAUUCGGACACUUGACGGACGUAGGAGGAAUCGUCCCCGGCAGUAUGUCCAUCAACGCGUCCUCCAUAUUCGAUGACGGGGUCCAGAUCCCUUGUAUAAAGCUGUACGCCAAGGGGAUUAUGAACUCGGACCUGGUCGAUCUGCUGUGCCGCAACUCCCGACAACCAGAUUGGUACCGGUCCGACCUGAUGGCCAUUAUCACUGCCUGCCGAACCGCCUCCAGCCGUGUGUGCGAGCUGGCAACGCGGUUCGGGUGCGAGAUUUACCUCGCGGCCUGCAAUGAAUUGCUCUUGCGCAACCGCACGGCAAUGGCUAAGAUCAUCGACGCCGAUUUCGAUCCAGAGCCAGCCACGUUUACAGACUUUGUCGAUGACGACGGACACGGGAUCGGGCCGUGGGCAUUGACCUGUACAACGAAGAAACUGGAAGACGGGAGACUGCUCUUUGACUGGAGUGGUACUUCUCCUCAGAGCGACCACAGCAUCAACUUCUACCUCUCCGAGACCAUGUUCAAGAUGUUCAUCGGGUAUUACAUGAUCGCCGCAGCCGCACCAGGCACCGUGAUCAACGACGGCUUCCACGAUCUCAUCGAUAUCUAUAUCCCCGAGGGCAGCGUCCUCAAGCCCAUCCGACCAGCACCGAUCUCAUGCCGAACGCACAUGCUGGGUCGGACCAUGGACGUGAUGCAAGCCCUGAUUGCAAAGAAGAACUCCGUCUACGCCGCCGCCGCCGGCUUUAGCGACUCCCCCCACUUCUUUUACUCGGGCUACAAACCAGAUGGCGAAUGGUACCAGCUGUACCAGAUCGGCUUCGGGGGUGUCCCAGCCCGACAAGCCGGGGACGGUCUCGACUGCCACUGUCUCUUCCCUGCCAUCAAGUCCAUUCCCACCGAGAUCAUCGAACUGAAUUACCCCCUUCGCAUCGAAGCCAACGAAAGCGUCCCCGAUAGCGGUGGCCCGGGCUUCUUCCGCGGUGGCAACGCACAGCGAACGCACUACCGAUUCCUCUGCCGCGGCGAGUUCUCUCUCCACGAUGACCGGUGGUUCACCAAACCAUGGGGAAUCCAGGGCGGAAAGCCAGGAUCACGCUCUCGGAAGGUCCUGUAUAGAUAUUCCCAGUCGGAGGAAAACCCACCGGUCGAGAUUCUCCCCUCAAAGUGCGACCACAUUCGCGUCGACACGGGAGACCUUCUUGAGUGGGUGACAUGGGGUGGUGGUGGACUGGGAGACCCUCUGACUCGACCUGCGGAGAAGGUGGCGCUCGAAGUCCGCCGACGACUGGUGACUGUGCAGGGAGCGCGCGAGGGUUACGGGGUCGUGGUGAGCCCGGAUGAUCUGAGCCUGAACGAAGCUGAGACAGAGGUUUUGCGAAGGACCCUAGUAGCCGCUCGUGAUGCUGGGGGUGCGACGGACCAAUAUGAUCGCGGCGGGAGCAUUGAAGAGUUGAGGAAGUCCUGCUUGGAGGAGACGGGGCUUCCUCCUCCCAGACCGCAAUGGGAGCAGGAGCUGUAUGGGCCACAUGUCCGGAUACCCUACGUUCAGGAGUGGUAUGCACGGAUGAGAAAACAGGCGGAUGGGGGUUUGUAG